GGGAAAGAGCAGAUUAAAAGGAGAAAGCUUAUUUCAAAAGGCUUGUUGUCUUACUAGUGCAUUGGAGUCUCGGGUCUUACGGUUGGGUUGAUUCAUUACGCGAAUGUUGUAGCUGGAGAGCCACGCACCGCAUACCCGUGGGUUUCGGUUCUGCUUACUGAACACCGGGGCCAACCGGAAAGUCUCACCCCCCGUGUACCGUACCAGUCAUACCUUGUCAUUGAGAGUGGAGCCUUAUGUGCCAUAUCAAUCAAUUCUUGCGGAGAUGUUGCUCAAGUUUUCUCCGGAGUGUUUUGCUUCGCGGAGAGCUCGACAGGACGAGGACAAGGACAGCUCUGGCGACCCACGGAUAAACAUGUCCUUUGAACCACCAGGUCAGGGGCCGAACGGAGCCGACGACGGUACCAGCGAGGAAGAGCGGACCGCAUCUGGCACAGGGCGUACACGUUACCCCCCGUCUCCCUCUGCGCGUGCCUGUGCUACAACCACACCGACCGAGCGGGUACAGCUGCGUUCUGCUUGUGAUGCAUGUCAUCAGUCCAAGAUCAAGUGUCCGGGGGGGCAUCCAUGCUUCCCCUGCCAGAGUUCCAGGAAUCGUUGCAACUAUAGCCCGGGAAACCGACUUGGUCGACCAAAAGGUAGCAAGAACAAGCGCACGUUGAUGCGGGAGGGCCUGGGAGACGGCAACCUGAAGAGACAACGAGGCCAUUCUCAGACAGGCAGCUCGGCCCACGGGUACGAUGCUGCCAUAAACCCAGGACGGAACAAUGAGGCUUCCCUGCAGUGGGCAAACCGUGGUCAUCACCAACAACAGCAGCAGCAGCAGCAGCAACUCGACCAACAACUGCUGCCGGCGGCUGCGAUGUAUCAGAUGGACUUCGAGGUUGAAUUUGACCAGGGCUUCCACGCCGCGGCGGCAGCCGGUGACAUGGAUGAUGAAGAUCAUGCAAGAGACAACCACUCAGACAUACUGAGAAUGCUUGAUCCGGAUCUCGUGGUAACCUCGACGGGAGGAGAUGCCUCAAGCCUGAGCCAUGCAGUGCAAAAUACAACACUGGCGCCACAAAUUAGUAUCCCGCCAGCUGCUUCAUUAUCACUCGGUCAGCAGCCCGGGUCGGCUGGUGCUGGACAAACUGGCGCAUUCCACAACAGUUCACUUCCGGAAUCACCCCGGCACCCUGGCAGGCCCAAGACCGGCUUCAGUCUCGGCAGUGAAAAUGGCUCCGUCAGUCCAUCCAACAUGGGAUUCGCCGACCCGCUGUCGUCGAGCCCCUACAGCGUCAACGCCGUUUUCUCUGCUGCUGGCAGUCUCGGCACUCGCACGUCUGACGGUUCGGGAACAGGACCUCGCUCCAUGGCUGACACCUGGUCGACGUCGUCGCUCGUCUCCGCGCCCUCGGUGCAACCACGCUCAUGUGGAGACUGCACGUGUCUCCCGCGCCUGGUCAAGCUCGUCUAUCAGCUCGAGGGCCUGCGCUACUCGGACCAGUCCUACCCUGUCCGUCAGUGUCAUCAGGCACGUCGGCCAGACAAGAGCGUGUCCUCCAUCAACUUGAUCCUCCGUGGGGUGCAGCUGGCUGAGGCUCCCUGGAGGGGCCUGAUGCACUGCCCAAAUGUGAGCACCAGCACAAGCAGCAUCCGGCAGGGCCAGGGCGCGGGGCAGCAGGGGAUCGACGAUAACCACAAUCAGGCGCUGCUCCUGUUCGCCACGAGCAUCCGCAUCCUCCUGUGUUCGGUCCAGGCUUUCAAUAGCAGCAGCACCACCACUGCUGCAACGCUCAACCACGAUUCCACCAUCUCAGCCCUCGCCACCGAUGACGACCCUGCCACCACCGCUGACACUGUCAGAGGCGGCGGGAACAGGAGCCCCACCCAUGUCGACGAUGCCGAUAUCCCCGUCUCCGUAGGCGGCGUGGAGCUCUCUGGCGAGGCCAGGGCCGAGAUCAUAGGCGCCUCGGUGCGGCGGUCCCUACGCGUCAUCACCGCCGCGCUGGUCCACCUGUGGGAGCAUACCGGGCGGCCGUCGAAUAAGCCUCACUCUCAGACGGCAUUCCCGUUCCCGACCUUGGGCGUUGGUGGCAAUAGUAAUGGAGUUGGUACAAACGGCAGCAUGAGUUUGAGUGCAUCUAAUACGCACGCACUGACGACUGCGACUGGGGGGGAGAGGAGUGAGAAUGUUUCAUCGCUUCUGAAUACCUUGCAGUUCGCGAUGGAUGCUCUGGGGGAAUAGUGAAGGUGCGGCUUGUUGAAGGUCAGACGAUGUAUGAGAUCAAUGACGGUGUUAACCUUACGAGAUUCUUUCAGGGAUGCAGUACUGAGAUCACAACAGACGAUGCGAGAUCGUAACUUUAUGACAGAUCUUCAAGAUAUUGGGGUGGGGGUUGAGAGACGUCACCGCCAUACCUAGGCCCCCACAGCCAAAUAGACGAUAAUGAAACAAACGAUAAAAUGCU